AUGAAGGCUUUAAUUCUCGUCGGAGGCUUCGGUACUCGUCUCAGGCCAUUAACUCUUACCCUCCCCAAACCAUUGGUCGAAUUCGCAAACCGCCCAAUGAUUUUGCAUCAGAUAGAAGCCUUGGUCAAGUGUGGUGUCACUGAUAUCGUCUUGGCUGUCAAUUACCGUCCUGAAAUCAUGGUCAACUUUAUGAAGAAGUAUGAGCAAGAAUUAGGUGUCAAGAUCCACUUCUCUGUCGAGUCUGAACCAUUGGGUACAGCUGGUCCAUUGGCAUUGGCAAAGGAUGUAUUGGGCAAGGACGACGACCCAUUCUUUGUCCUCAACUCUGAUGUAAUCUGUGACUUCCCCUUUGCUGAAAUGCUGGCCUUCCACAAAGCACACGGCAACGAGGGUACCAUCCUAGUAACCAAAGUCGACGAACCAUCCAAAUAUGGUGUAGUAGUCAACAAGCCAAACACCACAAACAUUGAACGAUUCGUAGAAAAACCACAGGAAUUCGUAUCAAACAAGAUCAAUGCCGGAUUAUACAUGUUUAGCCCCUCAAUGUUAAAACGUAUUCAACCAGUCCCUACAUCAAUCGAAAAGGAAAUCUUCCCCGCCAUGGCCAAGGUCAACCAGCUACACGCUAUGGACUUGCCUGGAUUCUGGAUGGACGUUGGACAACCAAGAGACUUCUUGUUGGGUACUGGUCUCUACUUGACUUCUCUCAACAAGAAACAACCGCAAUUGUUGGCUACUGGCCCUCACAUUGUUGGUCAUGUCUUGAUUGAUCCCUCGGCCAAAAUCGGUAAAGACUGUAAGAUUGGACCUAAUGUUACUAUCGGCCCCAAUGUGGUUGUUGGUGAUGGUGUCAGAUUGGCUCGUACUGUUGUACUUGAAUCAUCGGUUGUCAAGGACCACUCUUGGGUCAAGGACACUAUUAUUGGAUGGCACUCUACUGUAGGCAGAUGGGCCCGUUUGGAAGGUGUAUCUGUCCUUGGUGAUGACGUCCAUGUUGCUGAUGAAAUUUACAUCAAUGGUGGAUCCAUUCUCCCACACAAGUCUGUGAGCUCCAACAUUGCCGAGCCUUCCAUCAUCAUGUGA